AUGCGUGUCUUGCAAGCAAAAUUCACUGGGGCUCGUACAAGCGGCAGCAAAGCCUUUGGAACUAGAACUGUGGUGACAAUUGAUGAUGACAGCGAUGAUGGUGGCACUACUGAGUCCGAGGCUAGUACUCCGGAGCAAGAGGAUACGGAUAACAUCGGUGACAUGCAUGAGGGUCCCGAUGGGAAUGACAAUUAUGACCACGAUGGGGAUGUUCCUUUCGACGAUUAUACAGAAAAGCAAGGCGGCUCGAAUACCUUUUCUGGGUCUGUGGGUAGCAAUGUGCGCCCUGUUGGUGUCGAGCCGGUCACCGAUAUUGCUGAGGGUUCGGACCUUGUUGCGGCCACUAUCGACUUUGCACAAAACACCCCUGAGGUUGGGCACGUUGCCCAGAACAUGGAAAUCGUGCCCGUGGUGGCUCCCUCCUUCGACACCUUUGACAGAUUGGUCUAG